AUGGUACUCGCGGCAACGAAUGUCACCAGCAGCCCUGCUCCCCCGCCGCAGUUCCAGCCUCCCCCGCCUUCCCCGCCUUCCCCCGACAAUGCGACGUCGCCCGCGACCAUCGCAUACGAAUCCGUCAUCUCUCUGCGACAGCUCAACAUCGCAGUCGUCGCCGUGCUCAUCCUGCUCGUCAUCCUCGUUUUAGUCCUCUCCUUUGUAAAGGCGCGUGCCACGUGGCAGCACCAGAGAGCCGCCACGCAAGAUCCCGACCCGCAGGCCCUGCAGCCAGUGGGGAACCGCGGGUUGCUCAUGGACGGCCGGAAUAUGCGCUCCGGCGUGCCCGACCACAUUAUUAAGACGCUCGGAAAGUCUUUUACGUACGUCGAGCCGGGAGAUGACCUUGAAGCUGGCGGGACCAGCGCCCUUGGCGGAGAUGGGGGAGGGGGAGCUGAAGAACGUGGGGUGGGCGGAGGCGGAGUGGGGGAAGGCGGAGCUCUGGGGGCGAGCGGGAGAAGCAGCAGCCGAAGGUCGGCUGCGGCGGAAGCGACGGGCGGAGAGAGUGAGGGGAACGGCGCGGGGGGGAGAGCGGGGCGGGAGGAGGGGGACGACGAGAAGGAGUGCAUUGUGUGUUUGGGGGAGUACAAGACUGGUGACGUCAUCAGACAGCUUCACGCAUGCAAUCACCAAUUCCACCAGGACUGCAUUGACGCAUGGCUUAAAACCAACUCCUCCUGCCCUCUCUGCCGAACCUCCCUCAUUCCGAGCCGCCUGCUGGGAAACAACCAAAGCAAUCUCAGCGACAUUCCAGAGCAGCAGGGGAUGCAUGGAAGCGUGGUACGUAAUGGCCAGGGCGGUGUUUUGUCGGAGCCUGUGGGUAUGACGCCAUUCGGUUCAGCAAUGCCCCUUCUGCCUCGUGAGGGUCCUAGCCGCCUGGCUUAUAUCACCAUUCCCUCUCCGCCGUCUGCCGCUGUUCAGUUGACCCAAGUGGGUGAAGCUGCGCCGGUUGCUCCGGCGUCGUAUCAAGUGCGUGUUGCAGGGUCUAUGUUGCCUACGUCAUAA